ACUAGUAUCCGCCCCCUGGCCUCUGCCCUGAGGACGCCCUGCAGCAGGAGACAGGAAGGCGGAACUGGGCUAAAUGAGCCGGAGCAGGGGAGACGCUGUAAUAGGAGGGGGGUCACCCCCCGCUUCCCCUGGAUGCCUCCCAGGGCUCUGCUCAAAUAUCUGGUUCUGGAGGUGCACUACAGGGAUUCUUGCUGUUGUUGUGAUUUUGAUCUUGUGUAUUCACCUUGCAGUAAAUAGCUCAUCAGGGAAAGGUUCUUCUGGCUCUCCUCCUCUGGAACCAUGCCCUGCCGACUGGCUGUAUCACCAAAGGAAAUGUUACUACUUCUCUGAGAAAGAAAAGGACUGGGACUCCAGUCGGAGCUUUUGUUCCUCACACAACAGCUCCCUAACUGCAAUUGAAAACCAGCAGGAACUGAAAUUUAUAAUGAAAAUAACAAAGCAAGAUCCAUGGAUUGGACUUCACAAGACAGGAGAAGAAUUCCAUUGGGUAAACGGGACUCCAUUAGAUACAAAUCUGUUGGCAGUAAAGGGUUCUGGAGAAUGUGCCUAUAUUGAAUCAGCUGGGGUCUCCAGUUCUGGAUGCUCAUUAACGAGGGGUUGGGUCUGUAAGAAAACCUCUUAGCUCUGUGUACUCAGGCUUCACUCAGCCAAUUAAUAUAAGACCCCCAAUUGUCACAGUUCAGGGCAACUGCACCUGUAUUUCCCCUCAGUGACCCAGCAAGGGCACCUAGUCUCAGGCUUGCUGCAUCUCUCUCCCUUCUGACUGGGGUAUUUCCAAGGCUGCACGGUUCCCUGCCUUUACUGUGUUGUUCCCAGCACAGACAGGUUGCCCAAGGACACCUGCUUGCUUUCUCCUCCGAGACAGUUAGCAGGUGUAAUUGCUACAGUUACAAGAUACCACACAGCACUGCCUAUGACAGCCCACUUUAUUCUUACGGUAAAAAUCAUUACAGAGAAAGCAUUAAAACAAUAAAAGACACUACACACAUGCUACUAAGCUUCCCAGAGUUCACCCUAACAUGGAUACUAGCAGGAGCAGUUCUUCCAUCCCCCCACCCAACGAAUUCCUUGUGGUUACAAGUUCAUCACAGCAUCAGCUCAGAACAAGCUCACUAGGGCCAGUGCUUCCAACCCUGCCAGAAGGAUUGGGGCCUUCUGUGGACCAGAGGUCCUGUCUGUUUGCUGGAUCAGGAAGAAGGCCCUGAGCUGGUUGAAAAUCAGGCUAUUUAUCCAAAAAUCUUUUUUGUCUGUUGGUCCCUGGAGAGUCCAGUUUGAACUAGUGGAGGCGCACUUCUCCAGGUGGUGGUGUCUCUCUGGAGAUAUUACAACCUGAAUGAAUGUGCCUAAUUACCCCCUGCUGUUCUCUUAUUUAUCCUUCCAUGGAAACACAUACAAUUCCACAGUAAUACAGACACAAUUACAUCUUAAUACAGUGGACCCCCAAAGGUAAUCACCUAUUUCAAUAAGGUCUAACUUAGUUCAAUAAAGUUCCUUCAGGAUAUUGCAGGAACUUGUCUGUUGCAUCAACAACAUCUUGAAAUCUAUAAAUGCAAUGUAGCCUCAGUACAUUUACAUACAUUUCAAAGCACUAACAACUAGAUUACCAAAAUCUCUUACCAAAAACACUAACCCACAACCACCCCACCUGGGUUCAGAAAGGAAGGAGAAAGAUCU